AUGUGGUGUCGAGGUUUCCUGCAGCGGACGGUCAGAUCCAUGUCGACCAGUAGACAGGCUGGUGUCCUCCUUGACGUGGACGGUGUCCUGCUCCGCGGCGGCUCAGUGAUCCCGGCUGCUCAACGAGCUUUCCGGAAGCUUCUGGACCAAAACAAGAACUUCCUGUUUCCUGUUGUUUUUGUCACCAAUGCAGGAAGUUGUCAGAGACAUCACAAGGCCCAACAACUGUCUCAUCUGCUGGAUGUCAAGAUCGUCCCGGAGCAGGUGGUUCUUUCCCACAGUCCUUUGCAGAUGUUAAAGAGUUUUCAUGAUAAAUGUGUCCUGGUGUCGGGACAAGGGCCAGUGGCGGACAUCGCUAACACUUUGGGUUUUCGGAAUGUGGUGACCAUCGAGCAGCUCAGAGAACAUCACCCCCUGCUGGACAUGGUGGACCAUAACAGGAGACCCAAACUCCCUUUGACUCCUCUGAGGACGAUUCCCAAAAUAGAAGCAAUCAUACUGUUCGGGGAACCAAUCAGAUGGGAGACCAACAUGCAGCUGUUGAUUGACGUGCUCCUGACCAAUGGGAGUCCUGGUUGUGAGUAUGACGCACAGCUGCCGACUCAGCUGCCGGUUCUGGCCUGUAACAUGGACCUGGUGUGGAUGGGCGAGGCCCCGUCUCCACGCUUUGGUCACGGGAUGUUCCUGCUGUGUCUGGAGUCCGUCUACAGGAAGUGGACAGGUCAGGAGCUGCAGUACCAGGCGCUGCUGGGAAAACCAAGCCUGCUCACGUACCAGUACGCUGAGCAUCUGCUGAGGCUGCAGAACCACAACCAGCGGAUAAACACUGUCUAUGCCAUCGGUGACAACCUGAUGACGGACAUCUAUGGUGCUAACCUGUAUAACCGCUACCUGGCUCAGCAGCAUGCUGCCAUAACCACCAGCACCAGGUCUGCUGCCCAGGGAACAGGCAGUCAGGUGACGGCGGUGGUUUCGGAGGAGGAGCUGGUGUCCACUGCUGCUCAGUGUCGCUCCCUAUUGGUGUGCACAGGCGUCUAUAACCCUCGCUCCCCGUGGCCCAGCGACCAGAGCAGCAUCGAGACAGUGUUCCACGGCCACAGAGACCUGGUCCUGGAGCCAGACCUGGUGGAGCCAAGUCAUGUGGUGCAAGAUGUGGAGGCUGCAGUGGAUCUGCUGCUGCGGGAGCAGGCUGCUGUCACCUCUGACCUUUGACCCACCUCUGUUGUCCCAUCAAGGACCUGAAGAGGUGUCACUCUGUCUGUUUAUCAGGAUACUGUAGACAGUUCACAUCUGGUUCAACCACUUUGAUAGAUUAACAGCUGUUCUGAUGUGACUCUUGUAAAAUGUGUAUGUGUCAUUUUAUUUUAUUUGUGAAAA